AUGGGGCUGGGGGUGACAGAGCUCGGAGAUGGAGACGAUGGGGUUGGGAGUGAUUUUGGGGACCAGGCAGAAAGGCUGGGCUGGGGGCAGCUCUUCACCCCCUCCCGCGGCGAUGCCAACCACGGCAACACGCUGAGGGUGCAGCGGGCACCCCGGGCUGAGGGUGCAGCGGGCACCCCGGGCUGGGCAGGGCGGGGGAUGUGCGGUGGGGGGACAAGGGCUGAAGCCAGCAGAGAUGAGGAGGGUGCUGGGGGUCAGGGGGACGGGAUGCUGCAGGAUUCCAAAGCGCCCCGAUUCCUGGGGUUUCCCUCCACCGCAGCCCUGCCCGUGCCGCAUUGCUGGGGACUGGCUGUGGUGUCUCCGUGCCUCAGUUUCCCCAAGCGCCGGGGGAUGCUGCGCCACAGGCGCUGCCAGCUCUUUGUUCGCUGGCUGGUGGGCAUCAUUGAGAACCAGCAGGCGCUGACGACCUUGACCCGAGCUGACACCAGGAUGCUGCGGGACCUCAGGAACCUCACCUUGCUGUGGCAGAACAGCAGCAGGCCAGAACUGGGGAACCAGUCUCUGGAGUGCUGGGCAGGAAACGUGCUGGUGCCCCUGGGCAGCCAGGUUCUCCACACCUGUGGCCCCCCGACCGUGCACGUCGAGCCCCCCGAGGUGGUGCUGCGCCAAGGGGACGGUGUCAACCUCACCUGCCACGUCAGCGCCGAGCCACCGGCCACCGCACACUGGCUGCUCCCCAAGGUGGCAUCCGAGCUGCUCGUUGUCACCAAGAUCUCAGAUUGGGAGAUGGUGCUGGAGAUCAAGAACAUCUCCUCCAACCUCAACCACAAAGACGUGACGUGCCGGGCAGAGAACGCGGCGGGGCCGGCGGAGGACAGCGCGAUGCUGAACGUCACCUUUCCCCCCGUGAUCCUGCUGCUGGACCAAGCCAUAGCCCAGCACUCCUGGUGCAUCCCCUUCUCCGUGGACGGCAACCCCGCGCCCAGCAUCCGCUGGCUCUUCAACGGCAGCGCCCUGGCGGAGGGGCCCUACAUCCACACCCUCAUCGUGGAGAUCGAGCACAACUCCACCGUCCUCCACGGCUGCCUGCAGCUCAACCGUCCCACCCACGUCAACAACGGCAACUACACCCUGCUGGUCAGCAACCCCCUGGGCUCGGCCUCCCGCAGCGUCCAGGGCCGCUUCAUGGACAACCCCUUCAGCUUCAGCCCCGAGGAGCCCAUCCCCGUGUCUCUGUCUCCAGUGGGCACCAGGAACAGCUCGCUGGAGGGGCCUGUGGAGACAACAGAUGAGCACACGUUUGGGGUCUCCGUGGCCGUGGCUCUGGCUGUGUUCGGGCAGGGCGAGCAGGGGGCUGCUCGGCAGAGCCUGGCACUGGCUGCACAGGCUGGGGCGAGCUCAGCAGUGCUGGCCCAAGAGGAUGACCUGGCCAUGUCGCUGCACUUCAUGAACCUGGGCAGCAGCCCCCUUUCCUCGGCCGAGAGCAAACUGGAGGGGCUGAAGAGCAACUUCAUCGAGAACCCCCAGUAUUUCUGCAACGCCUGCGUGCACCACGUGCAGCGGAGGGACAUCGUGCUGAAGUGGGAGCUGGGCGAGGGCGCCUUCGGGAAGGUUUUCUUGGCCGAGUGCUACAACCUCCUCCCAGAGCAGGAGAAGAUGCUGGUGGCUGUGAAGGCGCUGAAGGAGGCGACAGAAAGCGCCCGCUUGGAUUUCCAACGCGAGGCCGAGCUGCUGACGGCGCUGCAGCACGAGCACAUCGUCAAGUUCUACGGGGUCUGCACCGAGGGCGAGCCCCUCAUCAUGGUCUUCGAGUACAUGAAACACGGCGACCUCAACCGCUUCCUCAGGUCCCACGGCCCGGAUGCCAAGAUGCUGGAGCAGGCUCCCGGCCAGCCCCGGGGCCCGCUGGCCCUGGGCCACAUGCUGCACAUCGCCACGCAGAUCGCCUCGGGCAUGGUCUACCUCGCCUCCCUCCACUUCGUCCACCGCGACUUGGCCACCCGCAACUGCCUGGUGGGCCACGACCUGGUGGUGAAAAUCGGGGAUUUUGGCAUGUCCAGGGACAUCUACAGCACUGACUACUACAGGGUGGGGGGCAGGACCAUGCUGCCCAUCCGCUGGAUGCCCCCCGAGAGCAUCCUGUACCGGAAAUUCACCACCGAGAGCGACAUCUGGAGCUUCGGCGUGGUGCUCUGGGAGAUCUUCACCUACGGGAAACAACCCUGGUACCAGCUCUCCAACACCGAGGCCAUCGAGUGCAUCACGCAGGGGCGGGAGCUGGAGCGGCCCCGCACGUGUCCCCCCGAGGUUUAUGCCAUCAUGCAGAGCUGCUGGCACCGGGAGCCCCAGCAGCGCCAGCCCAUCAAGGAGAUCCACAGCCGCCUCCAGACCCUCGUCAAAACACCCCCCGUCUACCUGGACAUCCUGGGCUGAGUGGGGACCCCCCCCCAGCCACCCUCUGCUCCCUGCUGUUCCCCCUGCCCGCCCUGCUGCCCAGGGCCGUCCCACACAGCCCCGGACUGAUGCAGGAGAAGCCUGAAACCUUAUUUAUAGUGCAAAAUGCCAGCCCGCUCCUGGGGUGGGGGGGGCUGGAGG